UCCUCCUCCCACUGCAGAGCUACAGCCACAUCAUUUCCUCUUCACAUCUAGCUAAUGCUAGUUAUUAGGGGUGAAAACUAAAAUCCUUAUCGUUUCUGGUGUCCACCAUUUAAUAUUCAUCUUAAAAACCCGGACAUAGUAAUUGACUCAAAGAGGUAAGGGCAGAGAUGUCAUACUACUCAUCUUCCUCAUCCCGCAGUUCCUCCAGAAACCUGGAGUGUAAGGUGUACGUUGGAGAUCUGGGAGAAGGAGCUGCUAAGGGAGAAAUUGAAAGGGCUUUUGAGUACUAUGGACCUUUGCGCAGUGUUUGGGUGGCCAGGAACCCUCCUGGUUUUGCAUUUGUGGAAUUUGAAGAUGCUCGAGAUGCAGAGGAUGCAGUGAAAGGAAUGGAUGAAAAGCUACUGUGUGGAUCUCGGAUUCGCGUGGAGCUUUCCACUGGCAUGUCGAGGAAGAGCCGAUAUGGCCGAGCCAGUCGCCGCCCGUUUGAUCCAAAUGAUAGAUGCUAUCAGUGUGGUGACAGAGGACACUAUGCCUAUGACUGCUAUCGCUUCAGCAAGCGAGGACGUCGAAGCAGGUCUCGGUCUCGGUCUCGCUCCAGGUCGAGGAGUCGCCGCCACCGCUCAAGAUCCCGAAGCCGCAGCAAUAACCGGAAGCACCGAUCUCCAUCUUAUGGAAAGCGCAGGAGCAGGUCUGGCACUCCAGCUCGCUCAAAAUCUAGGACUCCUGUUCGGAGUCGCUCUUGGUCUCGCUCUCGAUCUGGAUCUGCCUCGCGCUCUCGCUCCAGAUCCAGGUCCCGCUCUCGCAGCCUGAAGAAGCGCAGAUCCAGUUGAUUAGCUACAAAGAGUGAACGAGAUCACCCGCCAAAAAAAAGAAAGCAAGCACAAAUCUGUCUCGAUCAGACUCCGGUGACCAAUUGCUGCAGGCUGUUCUUUUUUCUUAAAGAGUGUGGGAGUGGAUGGCAGUGACCAGGGCUCGUCCUUGCCAUGUUAAACGUCCUCCGGGAGGGUGACAAAAGAGCUUACCCGAGAUCAGCCUCCUGCCGCGCUGCUUUAAAGAGAUCGUCCAAGGGCAUCCUGUGCGUACUCAAACAGUUGUUCCACCCUCCCCACUCCCAUCCCAUCCCAUGCACUACUACUGCAGACCAGAAAUGCUGGGCUGAGAGUUUUGGGCUCCCCCUUUCUUUUUUUUCCUUCAAAGCUCUGGCUUCAUGCUUAGCUUCUGAGAAGGGUGUGUGAGAGAAAGAGAGAGACGAGAGAUCAGUCUUCAAGACCUCUGCGCGUGUGUCUUCGAGUUCUAGCAUCCGUCGCUUCUCUGUAUGUUGUUUCCGCCACUGUCUGCAAAGGUAACCAACCCAAGAGUUACUGUCCUUCUUGAUAUGAGCCCUGGUUCUCAUAAAGCCAGAUUCUCUGUAAACGUUUACUUACUGCUGAAUGUGUCCAGAGCAUGUGAUGAUUAACACCCCUGUGAGAGUGAGUGUGUGCACCUGUGUUAUUGAAUGAGUGAGUGCAAGUGUAAGGGAAACACACGUGUGUGUGUGUCAGUGUGUGUGUGUGAGAGAGAGAGAGAGAGAGUGUUCAGUCUAAUCCUGGAUUAGAGGAAUUCAUUAGGUGAGAUUUUGCAAUUAAUUUCUGGAUAACGUUGUACUGUUAAAUAAGUGAUUUAGAAGUGAUGUAGAUGGCUCAUGUGAGAUGGUGGCACUCUUGGGUUCUAAAAUGGUCCAUCAUUAGGUGAAGCAGUCUCGAACCCGUUGCAGUCAGAAGCAGUUAUCUUCAAGCUAUUCAUACUUUAAAGAAAUACUCCAGCGUGUGUCUCUAUACACAUCAUCUGUAGUGUCUAACACAUUUCCCUGUAACUCCCCAUAUGCAAAAUGUGCUAAUAAUAAGGACAGAUGGUGUAUUUCAUUAAUAAACUUUUUUCUUUUUAAGAACACAUUCAUAAAUUCUUCAUGGGGUUCUGAUCUCGCAACACAAAAAAGUCUCAGUAAACAGAUUGACUUUUAAUUAUUGUAGUGUUAAUAUUACACUCUGAUUAGAUUUUGGGUAAAUAUUCAUCAUGUCUGAUGAACACUGUGGUGGAUAAAUGAUAAAUUAAUUAAUCUCGUUGGGUAAUUAAAAGCCCACGUUCGUUUUCGGUUGCCUGGAAACCUAACUGACUAGCGUAAAUAUGGUAGCUAAUUAUAAUGUAUAUAUCGUAUAAUUUAUAACUAGUUAAAUACAAACAAAAAGGAAAUGAACAAAGUUCAUGAUCAAGAUCAUUAUAAGAUCCCAAAUUACAAAUUGUACAAAUUUUAAUUGUCAGUAUUAUUUCCCCCAAUACAUUACAAUCAAAAUUAAAUGUUACAGGAAAGUCUUUUUUUUUAAAAAAAAAAACUCUGUUGAUUACUGGUUAGUGCAUUUCUCUGCUUGUGCCUAAGACUUGUGUGUAUGUGUGUGUGUGUGUGUAGAUGGCUGGAUAUAAUAGAUAUAGUUUUUAAAAAUCGCAAAAACAAGUUUAAAUGUGUACACGGAAGUUUACAGUGAAAACAGUUUACAAAUGAAACAUAAGUGUAAUAUAAGUUUAGAAAUAUAAUUUUCAAUAAAAAAUGAAACUUCUUUUUCUGCUUGCUAAAGUACAAAAAUGCAAAAUAAGUAAAACUCAUUUACUAAGACAGAAUGCACUUGUUUCAGUCACCCAGGAUUGAUCCGUUCCUAAUUAUAUGGUCCAUGGUUAUGGAAAGCAUUUUAGAGAAAUGUAUAAGUAUCAGUGGUCAUUACACAUACACAACAGAUGCAGAAAUAUUCUGGAGUAUUUCUUUAAUUUUGUUUUUAGUUCUCAGCUUCUUUUGAGGUCGUUAACAUUCACUGUUAUAUGACAUUUAAACAAGAAGCUAAAAGCUUUCAGUAUCAGUGUAUUUAUAGCUCUUGAUGAUAUGUUGUGUUAUGUGUAGAUUUAACUUUCUCUAUAGUUCUCAAGCAGCACUGAAAGAGGUCAAGCUGUGGAUUAUGAGCCAUCCAGGAGGAAUAUGGUUGAAGCUGUGCAAAGUUCAUGGAUGAUUCUUUUAGUGAUGGAUAUAUAUUCUCCUUACUGAAGGCCUCUUUCUCUGUGUUCCAGCCAUUCCAGGUCCCCAAGCCUGAAAAAAAGCUCCACAUCCCUAGAUGAAGUUCGAGUGGAGAAGAAACCCUAAACCCAAAUCACUUAUCCACUUUUUUGCUUUCUUUGCCCUGUUUUUCUUCACAUUAAUCUUAUAAAAUUAUAGAAUCUGUUCGGUUUUGCUUAUCUGAAAUUUUUUUUAACUCUAAUGUCUGUUUACCUUAAAAUGGUGAUUAUCAUAAAUAUUCUAAUUCUAUAAUUAUUUUCUCUUUUAAUUAUAAAUUGUAUUUUUUGCUUUGCAUAUUAAUUAGAAAAAAAUACUCCUAAAAUAAGUGUACUAUGUUUUCUGUUUUGCCUGUAAGUUUACACUGGAAAUGAACAAAAAUAAAGAGUUAUAGCAUGA